UUCCUUCCGAUGUUUAAUGUUGCAAACGAUGUAGAAUCUAAUUCGUUAUUUGAUGGUAUGUGAUGUAAACAGAAUCCUUCUUUUGUCUGAACUCUAUUUAUAACGGUGUUUAUGUACAGCUGUUGGUCCAUCUAUCUAGUCUUGACCUUUUAACCGCUGACUAUGAGAGAGAAUAUAUUAACCUCUUACAAUGACAUUAACAUCUACGGGUGACGUUUUGUCUUAAUAAGGCACAAUCUAAUUCUAAUUUGAUCCAGAGAGACACAGACUUCAGAAAAGUGUUUAAAUAGUAAGAUAAGAUGGCAGGAUUCGGUGCCAUGUUUUGGAUACAACAUGGUAACAACACGCCCAUGACUGACAUCAUGACCACCCCGGAAGUCGUGCUCUCCCACAAUAUUUUCAUCGUCCUCGCUUCCGUGUUCGUGCCUAUAGGGAUCGUUGGCAACAUCCUCGUCUUUUGUGGCAUCCUGCUCUACCCAGGCUUCUACAACAGCAACAACGUCAUCAUAUUAGCCAUCGCUGGUUUCGAUUUCAGCACGUGUUUCUACACUCUACCCUUUUUUAUCGUGUGUUACUCAACCCUGCCUAUAAGGGAUACUAUAGCAAGAUACAAAUAUUUCUGUCUAUUAAAGCUAUCUUCUGCUAUGAUGACCAAUGAUGGUUCUCUCUACUGCCUGAUGCUUUUGUCCAUUGACCGCUAUCUGGCCAUCAUGUUUCCGUUGAAGUAUGCUAACAUGGUCACUUUCAAAAGAGCCAUUUACGUAACGGCUUCAGUGGUUAUUUUCACAAUUGUCAAGGCAAUGCUUCCGAUUUUAGGAUGGAACUAUUACAAUCCCAACAUUCCAAAUCUGGACAAGAGAUGUAAUUUCUACGUAACAUUACCGAAACCUUUUCUGUUCUGGUUCCUGUUGGUGCCCAAUUACUCGGCGAUUGUGUUAUCUGCCUUCAUCAACAUUCACAUCGCCUUCAUCGUGUUUCGUCAGCUGAGGUCGUUCAAGUCACAGAGCUCCGUGUGGACCAGCGAGCAGAGGAAAGCCUUCCGCGCGAAAAUAAGCAGCGUGAAGAUUACCCUGGCACUCAUGUUCCUAUUUAUAAUCCUGGAUGCACCCUUCUUGAUGGUUUUGCCGUUUAAGAUAAAACAAGUCUUGCCUCCACACCUUGUCGAGGCGAUGAAAGUCUAUGCGACACUUGUGUCUUUUGCGAAUACUCUUGUCAACGGCCCUGUUUAUGCUGCGAUAAGAAAUGAGUACCGCAGCGUGUACUAUACCAUGUUGACCACCGCCCCAUGGAAAUGGAAGAAGGCUUUGAAAAACUUACAUCGCGAGAAGAACACCACCUUCAUCUCCUCGUCUAUACAGAACCAGUCGGUUACAAUGAAAGACGACGUUGAGGAAGAAUAUGAAGCGCCUUUACCGAUAGAACCCGAUUUACCAAGUAAAGCGUCGAAAGCUGGCUCGAAAGAGGGCGCUUCGUCUAUCGUCAGCACUGUGGUGAAGGCCUAUGACGUCGACGGGAAUAGGGAAAAAACGACAACAUCAGUGGACAACUCUAAACUGUCAAGUCAGGGCAAGGGUUCCGUUUUCAGCCAGGCAGAGAAGCAAAGCUCGGUCGAUGGUGGAAGGAAAACUUCUUUUUGACAUUUUCAGAGCACGUUAUUUAGACGACAUUUUUCGGGUAAACAGAACACUUUGUUUUGAGUACAUGUUAGACAAAGAUAACAAUUAGUUUGCGUGGCGUGGUCAGCGUGAGAUAACAUCAAUAUCGCCACUAGUUUUUUUUUUUUAUAGAAUGUAUGUCGUACGCUUGGAAGUGCUGUCGAAUAUCGCAAUAUCAAAAUUAUGUAUACAUUUGUCCUUUACUAAAUUAAGACCUUUUGUAGACCUUAAAAAUGUGCCAAAGUUUUUGUCAUCGGCUAGAUAUAUUGUUAUAUAAAUCUUUAUUUAUUGCAAACAAAAACAAAAGCCCAACAACCCAUGAUUACGUCAAAAACACGAUGUUAACUAGUUCACUAGUAUUAAUACGAGACUAGUUUACUUAAAUUAAUAAACUGUAAAUUUUUAAAAAGCAUUUCUAUUAACUUUUAGCAGUACAAAUAGUUUUUGCUUGAUUGGAUUUUGUUGAAAUAAUUUUAAAAUAACAUUUACAUUACAUUUCUUGUGCAUUCAGUUCGA